UCUGGUCACACUUUUAACCAUAUUUUCAUCUAAACAAGCGUUUUUCGUAAAAAGUAAUCUUAAUUUUAUCAAUAAGAGAGGGACAUUUAAUCAACCAUGCCAGCUUUAGAUGCGGAAGCCACUGACGAGCAGUUCGGGAAUGACCAGCCCAAGUCGAUGUCGGGUCCCAUUGUCGGGAUUAUCUAUCCGCCGCCGGAAGUCAGAAAUAUCGUUGACAAGACCGCCAGUUUUGUAGCUCGCAAUGGACCGGAGUUCGAGGCCCGAAUUCGGCAAAAUGAGCUGGGCAAUCCGAAGUUCAAUUUUUUGAAUGGCGGAGACCCCUACCACGCCUAUUACAGACACAAAGUCAAUGAGUUCCGUGAGGGCAACGAUGCCGGCAUCACUGCCCUCACGGGUAUGAAGCAGCUGGCGGUGACUAGUGCCGCCCAACAACGCCAGCAGGAACUCCUCAAGCAGGUAGUCGAACAGCAAUUUGUGCCCAAGGAACCCCCGCCAGAGUUCGAGUUCAUUGCAGAUCCACCUUCCAUUUCGGCUUUGGACUUGGACAUUGUGAAGCUUACAGCUCAGUUUGUGGCCCGUAAUGGCCGUCAGUUUCUUACCAACCUGAUGAGUCGGGAGCAGCGCAACUUCCAGUUUGACUUCUUGCGACCCCAGCACUCACUCUUCCAGUAUUUCACCAAACUGCUGGAGCAGUACACCAAGGUUCUGAUACCACCCAAGGAUCUACUGGGUAAGUUGCGCGCCGAGAGUGCUCCGGGCAGGAGCAGCAUGAACCAGGUGCUGGACCACGUGAAGUAUCGAGCCAACUGGCAGCGUCAUCAGGAGGCACAACGUCGUCGCGAGGAGGAGAAGAUCGAGCGAGAGCGUGUGGCCUAUGCCCAGAUCGAUUGGCAUGACUUUGUGGUGGUCGAAACGGUGGACUAUCAGCCAUUCGAAUCGGGCAACUUCCCGCCGCCCACAAACCCCGACGAGGUGGGCGCCCGUGUGCUAAUGGAGGAGCGUUUGAUGGACGAGGAAGGUGACACUGAGAUGCAGAUUGAAUCGGAUGACGAGGGCGACUCACAGGUGACCAGUCACCACGACAGCGGACUGAAGCUUUCGCAGAUGGAGAACCGUGUCGGCAUUCAGAUGAAGAACGUUUCGUCGUAUGGACAGCCGACCGGCGCUAAGAGGGAUAAUACCCAGGUGCAGGAUAUGGACGAGGCUUCCAGCGACGAGGACACUCCCACAACCAAAUUGCAGCCUGCUGUGGCGCCGAUGCUGCCACCCACCCACGACAAGGUGGUGGUCAAGAAGUACGAUCCCAAGGCUACGCAACCGAAGCCGGCGCCAAUGCCAACAGACGAGUAUCUUAUCUCCCCUAUUACGGGUGAAAAGAUUCCGGCCUCCAAGGUUUCGGAGCACAUGCGCAUCGGUCUUUUGGAUCCACGCUGGGUGGAGCAGCGCGACAAGCACACCGUGGAGAAAAUCAACCAGGACAAUGUCUUCGCCGCAGGCACAGCAAUCGAAGCGAGUCUCAAGCAGCUGGCCGAGCGACGUACGGAUAUUUUCGGUGUGGGUGAUGAGGAGACGGUUAUCGGCAAGAAGCUGGGCGAAGAGGAGACCAAGAAGGACGAUCGCGUCACCUGGGAUGGCCACACAUCCAGUGUGGAGGCCGCUACGCGAGCAGCUCGAGCAAAUAUCACGUUGGAGGAACAAAUCCAUCAGAUCCACAAGGUCAAGGGAUUGCUGCCGGACGAGGAGAAGGAAAAGAUCGGACCCAAACCGGUGGGCAGCAAGGCCACGCUGUCCGCUCCGCCGCAGCCAUCGACCAAGUCGCAGCACAGUCACUCCAGUCAGAGCCAGCACCACCAAGGCGGCGGUGGAGGAGGUCAUCAUGGACACCACAAUAUGCACCACCACCAUCCGCCGCAUCAGCCGGCGCCGCCGCACCAGCAGCACCACCAUCAUCCGCCCCAGCAACCUCAGCCGGUGAUGCAGCUGAUGCAACUUCGUCCUCAAAUGAUGCAACCACCAUUCGGAGCUGGUGGUGGAGGCUACAUGAACAUGCAGCCCGGUGGAGCUCCUCCGAUUGCUCCUGCUCCGCCGGUUGAUUUAAUGCCUUUGGAAGAUGAGCCGCCUUCCAAGAAAAUGCGUUCCGAGGAUAACCUUAUUCCGGAGGCCGAGUUCAUUGCCUCUCAUAAGAGCCCUGUAACCAUUCAGGUUCUGGUGCCCAACUCCGACAAAUCCGAGUGGAAGCUUAAUGGCCAGAUGAUAGCCGUGACCAUGGCACUUUCUGAACCGAUAACCAAUCUCAAGACGAAGCUACAGGACGAAACUGGUAUGCCACCGGCCAAGCAGAAGAUCUUCUAUGAGGGAAUGUUCUUCAAAGACAGCAAUACUAUGGCCUUCUACAAUCUUGUAAACGGAACCACAGUGCAUUUACAGGUCAAGGAGCGUGGUGGUCGCAAGAAGUAAAAGGAUCAAAGAGUAAAGUCACAACAGACACAAUUAGGAAUGCUCCAUAUGUAGAAAUUUAUUUGUAUAUGGUUUCGCAUAAAUUUGUAAUAAAUUGUCAAUCACAGAA